GGGCUUCUUCCCGCAGUCCUGCUGUUCUCUCCGCUGGGAAGCGGAGGAGGCGCGGUGGGUGUGCUACCCUUCGCUGUGGCUGCCGCAGCCCUGAACUGAGGGAAUCGCGGGCGAGCUCGGAGCUGUGCCAUGGUCAGAGAUGUGUUAACACUGUUCCGGACCCCAGGGGGAGGACUGUGAGACAGGAAGUAAAAGUCACUGUGGAGAGAGGACGGGGCAGAGCAGAGCACACCCUGUGUCCUGAGCGCAGUGAUGAGCGAGGGCUGCUACCGUGAUGCACCUUCCGCAUCCCUCAGUGCUUGCGUGACGACUUCCGUGUGGUGAUGUGUGGAUCCCACAGAGCAGGAGGAACCUGGUGUCAGUCAAGUUUGUACAAUGUUUAGGGCUCAGUGAGCUUUGAGGACGUGGCUGUGCACUUCACCCGGGACGAGUGGGCUCUGCUGGAUCCUUCCCAGAGGAGUCUGUACAGGGACGUGAUGCUGGAGACCUGCAGGAGCCUCGCUGCUGUAGGACACAAGUGGGAAGACCAUUAUAAAAAUCCUGGGAGAAAUCUGAGAAGUUGCACGUUUCAGACCUUCUGUGAGAAUGAAGGUGGUGAUCAAGAUGGAGAACACUUGAGUUGGAAACCAGAUCUCAGAAUGAACCUGAGAAGUCCCACUGGGUUAACCCCAUGGGGUCACAGUGUAUGGCGAAUGGCUUCCCCGAGUCAUUCAUCCUCUAGGCAUGCCAUACCUCACUCUCGGUGUAAUGCACAUGAGCAGGAGAGACAUGUGACCAAGCAGUAUAACUCUGAUUCUCUGAUAACCUUCCAACGCUACAUGAGAACGCACAUUGUGAAUGGGCCAUGUGAGUGUGAAGUAUGUUUAAAAUACUUUGGUUUUCCAGGUACAUUGGAAAUACGUCAGGAAACACAUAGUGGAAAAAAUCCCUAUCAAUACAAGGAAUGCGGAAAGACCUCUGGGAAAGUUAGCUUACUCUGUGCACAUGGAGGAACACAUGCUGGAGGAAAAUGUUACGAGUGCAACCAAUGUGGGAAAGCUCUGAGUUCGUACAGCUCACUUCGAAGACAUGAGAGAAUCCAUACUGAGAAAAAACCAUAUAAGUGCAAACAGUGCGGGAAAGCCUUUCGAUACCACAGUUACCUUCACUUACAUGAACGAAUCCACACUGGCGAGAAACCCUAUGAAUGUAAACGAUGUGGGAAAGCGUUUAUAUUUCCGGGUGCCUUGCAGGUACAUGAAAAAAUUCACACGGGAGAAAAACGUCACGAGUGUAAACACUGUGGGAAAGCCUUUAGACGGCAUAGCGAUCUUCAAGUACACGAGAAGAUUCACACAGGGGAAAAGCCCUACGAGUGUACACGGUGUGGCAGAGCCUUUAGACUGAACAGCCAUCGCCAGAGACAUGAACAGACUCACACUGAAGACAGACCCUUCAUAUGCAAGCGGUGCGGCAGAUCUUUCGAGUGUUACAGUAAUCUUGAGUUACAUGAAAAGAUCCAUACUGGAGACAGGCCCUUUGUUUGUACAGAGUGUGGCAAAGCCUUUGGAUGUCACAGUAACCUACAGUUACAUGAAAAAAUUCAUACUGGAGACAGACCCUUUGUAUGCAGAGACUGCGGGAAAGCCUUCAUAUGUCACGGUCAUCUCCAGAGGCACGAAACAACCCAUACUGGAGAAAAACCCUAUGGAUGUAAACGGUGUGGCAAAGCCUUCAGCCGUAACAGUCAUCUUCAGAGACAUGAAAGAACUCACAUGCAAACGUCUACAUGCUCCAGAAAAUAAUUCCACCCAAGUCCAGCUAGGCAAACGGACUCUUGCAUUAGGAUUACUCCUAGGACCAUGGACAGCUUCUAGACAGCUGCAUCUUCAAAAUGCACUCCAGCCUAAGUGACCACUCACAGGAACUUCCAGUCUGGGUCCCCAGAAAUGCCUGCAGGCAGCUCAUCUGGCAGGAAGUCUCUUCUGUCCGCAAGUGUAACUGCUUUUGUAAGCUUCGAGAAAGCCCUGGUAAAUCUUUUAAGACUCA